UACUCAGCUUAUGUUUGAUUCUUUGCCUUUGCAUGAAUCAUCCUUGAAGUUCUCGUGAAGUCAUCCUCUUUCUCAUUGGCCUGAUAACAAUGUUUUCUUAUUAUUCCCCCUUCUGCCUCUGCCUUGGUCACUUCCCAUUACAUAUCCAUACAACCAUGUAUCCGCAAGGUGAAACCAACCCUUAUCAACCUGAGACCAACCCUUACUUUCACAGACCAUUGCAACCAGAACUGCAUGAAGACCACCAUUCUUGGCCAACCAGUCCACUAGUGCAACCACCUCGGCAGGAAACUCAUUUUCCUAGACCAUUGCAACCAGAAUCACGCCAAGACCACCGGCCAACCAGUCCACUUGUGAAACAACCUCGACCCCAACGCAAACGUUCCAAGCCAGUGCUAGUUCCUCCACAGGGCCAACAUCCCCAGCAGGGCCAACAUCCCCAGCCAAGGUUGGUAAACUUGGUGCCACCUUUGCAGCCGCAGGGCCAAAAUCCCCAGCCACAGGGUCCACAAGGACCACGACAGGGACACCGCCAACCACAUAAUUUGUGGCAGCCACGAAACCAGCCAACCAAAGACGCAUUCACGUGGUUUGCUACAGUCUUCUGUGCAAUUUUUUGGGUUGUCAUAAUUGUAGGAGGUAUCAUUGUCCUCAUAGUCUAUCUUGUUUAUCGUCCGAGGAGCCCCCAAUUUGCCGUUUCUAGUGCCACCUUGAAUGCAGCCUAUCUUGACAUGGGCUAUCUGCUCAAUGCUGAUGUUACUCUGCUCGCAAACUUCACAAAUCCAAGCAAGAGAGUGAGCGUCGACUUCAGUUACAUUUACAUUAAUUUAUACUAUGGAAGUACCAUUAUUGCUACCCAAUAUAUUGAACCCUUCUCUGCGGCUAGGGGUGUGUCCAGGUUUGCAAAUGUCCAUAUGGUGACUAGUCAAGUUCGGCUUCCAUUGGGUGAAAGCCGAAGGCUUCAGAGGCAGAUGGAAAGCAAUGGAGUCAUGUUUGAAGUCAAGAGUUUUCUUAGGACACGGUCUAAUUUUGGAAGGAUCCUGAGAUAUUCAUAUUGGUUGCACGGCCAAUGCACAAUUCUUCUGACUGGCCCUCCCGAUGGGGUUAUGAUUAGAAGCAAAUGCAAAACAAAACGCUGAGGAAGCAUGUGUGCUAACACUUGCAAACUAUACUACACAUGGCAUGUACCGAUUCUUGCUUAUUUUCAGAGGAAACUAUAUUUACUCUCUACCACAUUUGCUGCAAUGUCCCUCAAUCUUUCAAUUUGAUUACAAAAAAAAAAAAAGACUACUA